UGACAUUGACUGAUUCGAAAAACUUACGGCUCAAAAGACUAGGAACGCCAUUGGUAUGAUCACUGAAACAAAUCCAGAAAGUCUCCUCCGAUAGUCAGUCGAAUCAAGCAGCCGACGAAAACUUCCAACUCUCUAACUUCAAAAAUUCUCAGAAGCUCAAAUCUUUCAGCUGCAAAUUCGGAUUCGCGAUGCUCGCCAAGCGGCUUUUGCAGAAAUCCAUAAACGAUUCUCAGCAUAAUUUGCCACACGGGGGUUUGACGGCGGAAGACUUGGACCUGCGAGUUGCAGUUCACUAUGGCAUCCCAUCCACGGCGUCCAUUCUUGCUUUCGACCCGAUUCAGCACCUUUUGGCCAUUGGAACAUUGGAUGGGAGGAUUAAAGUAAUCGGUGAUGAUGGUAUUGAAGGACUUUUUAUAUCCCCGAAGCAACUGCCUUACAAAUACAUUGAGUUUCUACAAAACCAGGGUUAUUUGGUGAGCAUCUUAAAUGAUAAUGAUAUUCAGGUUUGGAAUCUCGAGAGCAGGUCCCUAGUUUAUUGUCUAGAGUGGGAAACAAAUAUAACCGCAUUUUCUGUAAUCCAUGGCUCCAAUUUAAUGUAUGUUGGUGAUGAGUAUGCUCUAGUGGCUGUGGUGAAGUAUGAUGCAGAGGAGGGAAAACUUUUGCGAUUGCCAUAUCAUAUUUCUGCAAAUUCUUUAUAUGAAGCUGCUGCGUUUCCAUUUCCAAUUGACCAACCUAUAGUUGGAAUUCUUCCCCAACCCUGUUCAUCUGGAAAUAGAGUAUUGAUUGCAUAUCAAAACGGGUUGGUUAUUCUUUGGGAUGUAUCUGAAGCUAAAAUAGUUUUUAUUGGAGGUGGUAAGGAUCUCCAACUAAGGGAUGGAGUUGUUAAAUCUACACAUGAAGUCAAUGUUGAUUCUCCAGAAGAUACAUUGGAACAGCAAUUGGGAGACAAAGAGAUAAGUGCUCUUUGUUGGGCAUCUGCGAAUGGCUCCAUUCUGGCUGUGGGAUACAUAGAUGGAGACAUUUUAUUCUGGAACAUGUCAUCUCCUGCUUCCGUCAAGGGUCAAAAAGCUUUAUCGCCAUCUAAUAAUGUUGUGAAGUUACAAUUAUCAUCUGCUGAAAGGAGACUUCCUGUCAUAGUUUUACAGUGGUCCACAGAUUAUAAAUCCCAUAAUGGUUGUGAUGGCCAACUAUUUAUCUAUGGUGGCGAUGAAAUCGGAUCAGAAGAAGUUUUGACGGUUCUAACUCUUGAAUGGUCACCUGGAAUGGGGAAUUUAAGAUGUGUUGGUCGUACAGACCUCACCCUUACUGGCUCUUUUGCAGACUUGAUUUUGUUACCAAGUUCUGGGACAACCGGGGAUAAUCAUAAAGCUGAUGUUUUUGUUUUAACCAACCCUGGGCAACUGCAUCUUUAUGAUGAUGCUUGCCUCUCUGCCUUAAUGUCCCAGAAAGAAAGGAGUCCAUCUGUCUCUGCUUUGGAGUUUCCGGUGGUGAUACCUACAACUGAUCCAACCAUGACUGUUGCCAAACUUGUUAGGGUACACACUGGGGACAACUUAUUCAAAGCUCUAUCAGAGAUAUCCUCAGUUGUCAACCUUGGCUCAGCACAAACCCCAUCAGCUGGUACAAAAUGGCCCUUGACUGGGGGUGUUCCCAGUCAACUGUCUAUUUCUGAGAAUAAUGGUAUUGAGAGACUGUACCUAACAGGAUAUUCAGAUGGAUCUGUUCGGAUAUGGAAUGCAACAUAUCCACUCUUCUCUUUUAUCUGCCUCGUAGAAAGCAAGGUGCAAGAUAUAAAAGUUGCUGGUUCAAGUGCUCCCGUAUCACAAAUGGAUUUCUGCGCCUUCACUUUAAAUCUGGCUGUUGGCAGUGAAUGUGGUCUGGUUCGAAUUUAUAAUCUGAAAGGCUGUUCAGAUGGGGUAAAAUUCAUGUAUGUCACAGAAACCAAAUGUGAAGUUCACGAUUCGCCUCAAGCAAAAGGAUCGCAAUGCAGAGCUGUAUUUAGUCUUACAAAUUCCUCAGUUCAAACACUUCAGUUUGUAAAGCAUGGUGCUAAACUUGCUGUGGGAUUUAAGUGUGGUCAUGUUGCGGUGCUGGACACAAGUUCCUUUUCUGUAUUGUUCUUUAUAAAAGAUGCAUCUUUCUCGAGCUCUCCAGUCAUUUCAAUGACUUGGAAAGAACUUACAAAUUCUCAACACCUCCUGAACAGCCCAAAGGUUUCCGAAACAAAAUCAACAGCUAACCCAGCAGAGGAGGUAAUGUUUGUCUUAACCAAGGAUGCAAAUAUACAUGUAAUUGAUGGAAAUGCUGGUAACCUGAUCAUCCCUCAGCCAUGGCACUUGAAAAAGGAGUCAAUUGCACUUUCAAUGUAUGUUAUAGAUGGCAGAGUAUCUACGUCUGAAAAUGUGUCUGAUGAUAAUCCACCCCAAGAAGCCUCCAAGGAUUCUUCAACAAAGAAUGAGCCUAUGCCAGGCGAUACUCCAAUUGUUACAAAUUCACAUGAAACUGAGCAUGAAUCCAGCUCAGAAAGUACAUACUCUGAAGAGAGAUUGUUGAAUUCAUUCAUUUUGCUUUGUUGUGUGGAUUCACUGCAGUUAUACUCAACAAAAUCUGUGAUUCAGGGAAACAAUAAACCCAUCCGAAAAGUGAAACAUGCAAGACCUUGCAUUUGGACAGCAACUUUUAAGAGAGUUGAAAAGGUUUCGGGAUUGGUUUUGCUGUUUCAGACUGGAGAAAUUGAGAUCAGAUCCAUUCCUGAUUUAGAAUUGGUGAAAGAAAGCUCCUUGAUGUCAAUUCUAAGGUGGAAUUGUAAGGCAAACAUGGAUAAGACAAUGAGUGCCGAUGAUGCACAUAUUACACUGGUAAAUGGGUAUGAAUCGGCAUUCAUCUCUAUAUUAGCUGUUGAGAAUGAUUUCAGGAUUCCGGAGUCUUUGCCCUGUCUCCAUGAUAAAGUUGUUGCAGCUGCUGCAGAAGCUGCACUCAGUGUCUCUUUGAAUCAGAAGAAAAAACAGGGUACUGCACCCGGAAUAUUAGGUGGUAUUGUUAAAGGCUUUAAAGGGGGGAAAAUGGUCCAGAGUGGAGAUCAUACUGCAACUCCUAAAUCAACUUUCAAUCAUUUAGAGGGCAUGUUUUGGAAGUCUCAACUGUCAGAACCAUCUCCGCCUGUAGAUCAUCAAGAAGUUUUGGAGCUUAAUAUAGAUGACAUUGAAAUAGAUGAACCUCUAUCAGUAGCAUCUACUUUAUCACCACAUGAUGUCAAAGAUGAAAAGAGAGAAGGGCAAUCAGAAAGGGAAAAGUUAUUUCAAGGUGGGACUGGUGAUACAAAGCCCAGAGUUAGAACGGCCGAAGAAAUUAGAGCUAAAUAUAGAAAGACUGAGGGUGCUUCUUCUGCGGCUUCUGAAGCACGAAAUAAGCUCAUGGAGAGGCAGGAAAAACUUGAGAAAAUCAGCCGGCGUACUGAAGAUCUGCAGAACGGGGCUGAAGACUUCUCAUCAAUGGCAAACGAGCUUGUCAAGAGAUUGGAAGGUCGAAAAUGGUGGCAUAUUUAAAAUAACAAAGGUUCAGCUUUAUGCAUUAGAUAUGAAUUUCCAUGUCCAGGAGUAAGAAUCCUUCUGCAGUUACCCGAAAGGCAAUGUCAUUCAAUUAAGAACUCCACCUGCAGCUUGUGAUCCAGAAGAUAUCCAAGAGGUCGUUCUUGUUCUUCUACAGUGUAUAUAAUUGUCACCGUGUGUCAUUGUAAUCCUUGAUACAAAGUAAUUUAUGUUGCUAGGCUUCAGAAACAUUGCCGGCCACACUUUUCUUUACGUUGAUGAUUGUACAAAUUAAGAAGAAAAAGAAAAUGUUAUGAACAACUGUGGUUAUUCAAUCGAGUGGCAAUUCAUGCA